AAUACGACUAAAUACGACGGCGCUUUGCAAAUUGGCUCUGUCACUGGCUUGUUGUUUUGACAGGGAAUGAGCACUGAGAGCGGAGAAACCCGGGAUAGAUAAAUCCGGCUUUAAUAAGGCUCUGCGGGGCACGGAGGCCGGACGCGCCCUCCGACAGCCUCACCCGGCACCCAGCGCUAUGGCACCGGGCGGGGGCCAGAGCCCGUGCUCCCGAGGGUGGCCUCCUCCCAGGUCCCUCUUUCCACAGGGGACUCCCGUGGACCCGGGAGGGGACUCCCGAGGACCCGGGAGGAAAGGGGGCUCCACCGGGGCGCCCGCGCGCCCUCUAGACCACCGGGUCCGCUCCCGGAUCCCGCCCGGGAGUGCGGGGCUGGGCGGCAGCGGGGCGGGCACCGAGGGGCAGGUGCGGGGCGCCGGCCGAGGCUCCUCUCACCUAGGUGUGAGCUGAUUAUUCAAAUGGGCUGCCCGGGGUCUGGGGAUUGGAGGCCCGCGCCAGCGCGCCGCGCUAUAUCACCAGCCGCCCACGUCACUGCGGCACUUGUCCGCUCCGCGGUCCACACCUCCUCCUCCUCCUCCUCCUCCUCUCCCCCCACCCCCGCGCCGCGCGCUUCCCGCCGCCUCGGGGCAGCUCAGCACUGCCAACCUCAGCCUCCACCCGGAGCGCGGCGGCGGCGGGCGCUCCCUCCGGCGGGGCUCCGGGCCCGGCCUCCUCCGCUCCUUGGCCCCCUCCUCCCGCGACCCACCCCUCCCGCCCACUUCCAACUACCGCCUCCGGCCGGCCGAGGGAGAGAGAGAGGGAGUGGAGCCCUGGGAGAGGGAGCGCAAGAGAGGGAGAGAGGGAGGGGACGGUGCCUUGGCUGACUUUUUUUUAAAAGAGGGUGGGGGUGGGGGUGAUUGCUGGUCGUUUGUUGUGGCUGUUAAAUUUUAAACUGCCAUGCACUCGGCUUCCAGUAUGCUGGGAGCGGUGAAGAUGGAAGGGCACGAGCCGUCCGACUGGAGCAGCUACUAUGCCGAGCCCGAGAGCUACUCCUCGGUGAGCAACAUGAAUGCCGGCCUGGGAAUGAACGGGAUGAACACGUACAUGAGCAUGUCGGCAGCGGCCAUGGGCAGCGGCUCGGGCAACAUGAGCGCGGGCUCCAUGAACAUGUCUUCGUACGUGGGCGCAGGCAUGAGCCCGUCUCUGGCGGGCAUGUCCCCCGGCGCGGGCGCCAUGGCGGGCAUGGGCGGCUCGGCCGGGGCGGCUGGAGUAGCGGGCAUGGGACCACACCUGAGUCCCAGUCUGAGCCCGCUCGGGGGACAAGCGGCCGGGGCCAUGGGCGGCCUGGCCCCCUACGCCAACAUGAACUCCAUGAGCCCCAUGUACGGGCAGGCGGGCCUGAGCCGCGCGCGCGACCCCAAGACGUACCGGCGCAGCUACACGCACGCCAAGCCGCCCUACUCGUACAUCUCGCUCAUCACCAUGGCCAUCCAGCAGAGCCCCAACAAGAUGCUGACGCUGAGCGAGAUCUACCAGUGGAUCAUGGACCUCUUCCCCUUCUACCGGCAGAACCAGCAGCGCUGGCAGAACUCCAUCCGCCACUCGCUCUCCUUCAACGACUGCUUCCUCAAGGUGCCCCGCUCGCCCGACAAGCCCGGCAAGGGCUCUUUCUGGACCCUGCACCCCGACUCGGGCAACAUGUUCGAGAAUGGCUGCUACCUGCGCCGCCAGAAGCGCUUCAAGUGCGAGAAGCAGCUGGCGCUGAAGGAGGCCGCGGGCGCCGCGGGCGGUGGCAAGAAGUCGGCCUCGGGGUCCCAGGCCUCGCAGGCUCAACUCGGGGAGGCCGGGCCGGCCUCCGAGACUCCGGCGGGCACCGAAUCGCCUCACUCGAGCGCCUCCCCGUGCCAGGAGCACAAGCGAGGGGGCCUGGGAGAGCUGAAGGGGACGCCGGCCACGGCGCUGAGCCCCCCGGAGCCCGCGCCCUCGCCCGGGCAGCAGCAACAGGCCGCGGCCCACCUGCUGGGCCCGCCGCACCACCCGGGCCUGCCGCCCGAAGCCCACCUCAAGCCGGAGCACCACUACGCCUUCAACCACCCCUUCUCCAUCAACAACCUCAUGUCCUCGGAGCAGCAGCACCACCACAGCCACCACCACCACCAGCCCCACAAAAUGGACCUCAAGGCCUACGAACAGGUGAUGCACUACCCCGGCUACGGUUCCCCCAUGCCCGGCAGCUUGGCCAUGGGCCCGGUCACGAACAAAACGGGCCUGGACGCCUCGCCCCUGGCCGCAGACACCUCCUACUACCAGGGGGUGUACUCUCGGCCCAUUAUGAACUCCUCUUAAGAAGACGGCUUCAGGGCCGGCUAGCUCUGGCAGCCCGGGACAAGGACAAGAGAGAGGAAGUGGGGUCGAGACUUUGGACAAUGGGUGUUGGAGAGAUGCGAGGGAGAAAAAUCCAUGCCAUCCCCAGCCCCAAGACAGCAGUCUCCCCUCGACCUCUGCAGCCCUUUUCUCCCAGACAGAGGGCCAUACUGACACCUAUCAUUCUAUAUAAGGAGGAAAAUGGGAAAAAUAUAAAGUAAAAAAAAAAAGCCUCCAAUUUCCACUACUGUGUAGACUCCUGCUUCUUUAAGCACCUGCAGAUUCUGAGUUUUUUGUUGUUGUUCUCCUCCAUUGCUGUUGUUGCAGGGAAGUCUUAAAAAAAAAAAACUUUUGUGAGUGACUCGGUGUAAAACCAUGUAGUUUUAACAGAACCAGAGGGUUGUACUAUUGUUUAAAAAGAGAAAAAAUAAUAAUAAUGUAAGGGUCUGUUAUAAAUGACCAAGAAAAAGAAAAAAAAUGCAUUCCCAAUCUUGACACGGUGAAAUCCAGGUCUCGGGUCUGAUUAAUUUAUGGUUUCUGUGUGCUUUAUUUAUGGCUUAUAAAUGUGUAUUCUGGCUGCAGGAGCCAGAGGUCCACAAAUCUAUAUUAAAGUAUUAUUGCCGGUUUUAUCCCUUGAAUCUUUUCUUCAA